AGAUACAAACAAUUGGACUUUUUUUAAACUAUUUUCACCAAAAUACAACCUAAAUUACAUAGACAUGUUUUCAGGCUUUGGUUCGGAUCUCUUCCGCGGAAGUCCCUUCGGACCUGUCAUGAACAAUAACAAGUUUGAGGAUUACUUCAGAUGUUACCCUAUAGCCAUGAUGGCAGACAAUAUCCGCAAAGACGACGCCAAUUUCGGGGGCAAGAUUUUUCUUCCACCCUCAGCAUUGAACAAGUUGACGAUGUUACAUAUCCGGUAUCCGAUGCUUUUUGAGUUGCUGAACGAAGCCCAAGCUGUCAGAACCCAUAGUGGUGUCUUGGAAUUUGUAGCUGAAGAGGGUAGAGUUUAUAUUCCCCAAUGGAUGAUGACGACUUUGAAGAUUAAUCCAGGUGGAUUGCUCAAGAUAAGCAACUGCGAUUUGCCAUUGGGACUGUUUGUCAAGAUCGAGCCGCAGUCAGUAGAUUUUUUGGAUAUUUCAGACCCCAAAGCUGUUUUGGAGAACGUUUUGAGGAAGUUCUCCACUUUGACAGUAAACGAUAUCAUCGAAAUCAACUAUAAUGAUUCCAUUUUCGGCAUCAAGGUGUUGGACGUCAAACCUAAGUCAGAUAGCACGAGUAUUUGUGUUGUAGAGACUGACUUGGAGACCGACUUUGCACCUCCGGUAGGCUACGUAGAGCCAGAAUACAAGCCCAAAAAAGUAGAAUCUUCUUCAGCAAAGCCUAUUACACCUUCAAGCGUCAACCGUGGUGUGGGAGCUGCCACAAUGGCCAAAUCUAUAAACUAUGCCAACAUCGUAGCCAACGCCUCCAAGCCAGGACAGCAUUUUGUUGGCUCUGGCCAGAAAUUGUCGGGAAAGCCAGCUAAUGUUGAAGAGUCAACUAGAUCAUAUACUAUUGACGAGUUAGACCCCGACGCACCACCGGCUCCGUUGGAUUUGCCCCAUAACCAAUUAUUCUUCGGGUUUCCAGUGGUAUUGCCGACUCCUGAAAACACAGAUGGGGAAGAUCUGUCUGAGGAUGCAAAGAAGGCGUUCGGAGGUAGUGGCCAGAGCUUGAGACAAAGUAAGAAACGCAAAGAGAAGAGCUCGACCCACUUACCGUUGAAGAACCAUUCACGUAGUCCUGAUUAUAUUGAAAUAGAUUAG